AACCCGCCCAUUACCAUUCUUAAAUACUUGUACACCGAGUAUAUGACUAUCUUAACCAAAUACUUCUCAUUUGUUAUGUGUGUAGUACCAACUUCUUGCCACAAUUGAUUUAAAAAAUAAAAAGAAUUUCAUGCAUUUACGUCCAUCAUUUAUCCAAGCCCAUAAACAAACUUUGUUAGUCCAGGCCAUUUAUGCUAGGCCCAAUCCAAACCAAUUGAAAUGGACCUAACAUACUCUUUGGAAGUCCACUGCGCCACCAGUUUAAAUUUCGUGCCAAAAGUUUCGUCUUCCCAAGGCUCUUCGUUGUUUACUGCGCCAAUUAGCAUUAGCAACACUAAUAAGUUAUAAGUACUAACGACUAGUAACCUACUUUCCACCUUUCAAAAUUUCAAACCCCCAUUGUUUGUUCCCCAAUUUCCCCACCUCAGAAGAAGCAAGAAUCUCCAUCUCCGAUGGCGACGACCGAGCAACAACAGCUCAAGCACCAACGUCUCCGCGAUCAGGAUCGAGAAGUUCAAGAAGAACAAGAACGAGACGACGAUUAUAAUGUAGGCGGCGAGCGAUCAGAAUCCGAUUCAUCCGACCUAGACUGCUGCGAUUCGGACUCCGAUUCCAGUUGCAGCACUCUGGACGAGACCAAUCGCAAGCUCUCUUCCCUUUCCAUAAGGAAGAAAUCUCGGACACGCCUUGCGAGAGAAUAUGGAGUGGAAGGGAACGCUGGGGAGAUUGAGGUGAAUGGGGACGUGGUUGCUAAAUUGGUGGAAGCUGGGGAGGUUGAGAAGCUGAAACUAGACCAAUGUAAAGCUUACUUGAGGAAGCAUGGACUGCGAUUGAGUGGCUGCAAAAGCACACUCAUUCAGCGCAUUAAGGAGCAUCAAGAGAUUUCUGGUGGUAGAGGGGAGGAAAAGUAUCCCCUGUCCAGCUUUGUGGUAAAUUGUAAAGGUGACGCAUGCAUGGGUGAUAUUGUUUUGUUUGAACAAAAUGUAUAUGACAUGUAUAAUGUUGCAUCACGGAGUGCCACUGGUCCUCCCUGUGGCAAGAGAACUGUUGCAGGGAAAAUUGUGAAAGAGAGCUACGGUGCAGCUAAGCAACAACAUACUUUUACGGUGGAGGUCCUGUGGAGCAAAGGCGAAAAGCCACUCCCUCCACUUCAUCCCCUCCUCAUUAAAGGUCGGAAUUUGUACAGAUUGAAGACCUUGAGACAGAAAUGGAAAGAUGAAGAAGAACGGACUAGAGUUCUGAUGGAAAAGCACUCAAGGGGCUCUCUUGCUAGAUCUGAUAGAGAAAUCAGAAUCGGAGUGAAAGACAAGAAGAAACAAAUAGUGAAAAAGGGAAGGGUCUCGAGGAAGAAUCCAAAUGAGAACCACCCUGAUUCAGUAAUGGUGGAUUUGACAGUCCAACAUUCUAGUGUAGUUGCUAACUCAGAAGCUAUGGCAACUCUUGGAAAAAAUUCUGGGAAGGGAACAAAUCAAGAUCUGACAUUGGCAGCAUCCAUCCAACCUCCACGUUUUCGAGCAGCCACUCAUGCAGCUCACAUGGGAGUCAAACCUGAGAAGGCUACAGUUCUACACCCUAAUUCAGGACAGUCCAAUGGCAAUGACACUAUUGUUAAGGAAGAAAGUAGUAGACAUCAGAACUCAUAUUACCCUCAAGAAGAUUCAAUCCGGCAUCAAAACUCCAGGGUAUCUCCUCCCAAGUCAAGGAAGGUAUUACCUCAAGCUGGCAUGCCGAGGAACCAAACCCAGAAGCAUGAAAGUUACAGGCGAGAUCAAGUUCCUCUAGACUCCAUGAUGUAUUCUGAUGUUUUCAGCAUGCAGAGGAAUUACGACCGUUCUUGUUUUGAUAAGUAUCAACACAUGAGUUUUAGGAGGGAAAUGUCCCCGGUUAAAAACUAUGACAGGAGCUUCAGGAGGGAACUGUCGGCUGCAAACUAUAACAGACAACCUUUUUCACUACUGGAUAAUGGCCUUCCACGAAUGCCGUACCAUGGACAACGAAUCAACCGUAAACUAGAACUAUGUAAGUACUAUGCUAGGGGAAGAUGCUAUUUUGGAGAUGAUUGCAAAUUCUCACACCAGCGAGAAGAGGUGCCAUAUGGUCAUAGGGGUGAAGUUAGGGAGCAACAUUAUGACGGAAGACUAUAUUCAUGAGAUCGUUGCUAGUUGACAAUGGGAUCGAUGUGAGUUCAGGGUCACACCAGCUGAACUUGGCGAUUUGUAUUGACUAUUAUCUUCUUUCCUUUUCAUUCAAUUUUGACUGAUUUUGCAAAAGUUGAAGUCCAUUUGUACCAAUUCUCUGUUGCAUGAAUGCAACUGAUUUUGUUGUUGGGUAUCCCAUCUUUUUGAAGAUUUUAGUGAUGAUGAGUUUGAGAGGUGCUUGGACUUUGGAGACAAUUCGCAAAUGCAUAUUCUAGAAGUUUUUUACAUUAUAUAUAGUUGUUCUCAGAUUUGGCCUACAUUAGUCAUAUUCUUUGUUUUCUUCUGAUCACAGGUUGAACCACCUACUUCAGUCCUUUCUUUUGAAUUGAAACAUUCCUAUGAAUUCCUUACUUACCUUGCCCUUCAAGUGUGUCUGGAUUGCUUUGUCGAUUCCCACCAUUUCUUGAGCAACUCUGGUAAGUGGUAAGUGGUAACCAUAUCCUUUUUGGUUGCGUGAUUUGCCUAUUCCUUUGAAGGGAAUACUCAACUAGGAAGAUGGUAAAAAUUGAAACUUGCAGUGUAAGGAAGGAACAAUACAUUAGCUUCAAAACGACGAUGCAAUAUUUUUUGUUCACAUGCUCGAUUAACUCUCUUUCGCAGCAAUGAAGGCCCUGGAAGUAGGUGCUGCAGGGGCUGUUGUGAACUCCCCAGUUGGAUUACAGUCCUGCCAACAUCACUGUUGUGGAACAGGUGCACUGUAACAACCUCAACUGAAUUCGAUGGAUGGAUGAAAAUUCAUUAGCAGCUGAGAUCCUCUUUGGCGAAAUGCAGGUGGUUAACUCUGUGAAAGGGAAGAUCCUGGUGAUCGGAGUGAGGAGAGGCACUGGCAUUGGGAGCACAACGAAUCCUCAUAAGCUUCCAUAAGUAUGAACCUGUAACAUGUCUCAUCUUCACUUUCCUACUACAUUGCUCGCAGAUGGAGGGGCCGGUACUAUAUGGGUUGGCUGCAAAGGGAGAACAAGGGGCGAGGGAAGUGAUUCAAACGAUGAAGAAUGAGUUCGAGCUCACGAUGGCCCUUGCUGCUGUGCUAGCAUCAAUGACAUUGCAAGGAGCCAUGUAAGAACAGAGCGUCCUCUGUGCUCUAUGUUGCACCGUGCUAUUGGUUCUCUAUUACCGUGGCGACCAUUUUGAUACUAGAGACACAAGUCUCAAAUGCAAAUUAUGUAACGUUACAUUAUUACACUGCAGAACUGAUUUUCUCUUCUUUUAAAUUUGGGCUAGAAUAGAAGGCAGGUAUUGGUAAGCCAUGCGUUUGUAGCUAAGAGAUAAUGCAGAGAUCUUGCACUUAAUUUCAACCAUCAUGGAAAAAGUAAAGAGCUCCUUGACCUUGAGCUGAUAUUGAGACACUUGCAAAUGCUAGUAAUGUGUUUUUCUCCACUAUUUUUUAAUCAUAAUUUUUUUUAAUGAACUCGAUAUUAACCU